AGGAUACCCCUCUAGUUGCUUUCAACCAAAAAUGGCAGUCAUGAAUUACAAUUGUAAAGAUCUUGUCAAAAAACUUGUUGAGUCUCACGACCUGAUUGGAUUAAAGAAUGUCAUAGAAGACCCCAAUAUGACUUGUUUUACUUAUCCUUGCCAUUUUCAACCUGGCCUAAAAAAACAUAUGAAAGAAUAUUUAAAGGAAGGCAUAAGGUAACAUGAAGAAAUCUUUCUUGUUUUAUAUAGUCUAUAUCAUUAAAUAAUGCAUCAAAUUUGUGUCAAAGUUUAUUGGCGAUCUUCUAUAUCUUCUUCUUCUAUAUCUUAAGGGCCCACGAUCAAUUUAUUGAUCAUUUUGGCUCCUAUGCAUGUAGAUGGGAUUUGCAAUGUUUCUGUUACUGGUGGUGAUGUUAAAUAUAAAGUAAUUCAGUUCAAUUCAUGUAAACAUAUCAAUGUUGGUCAGUGUCUUUCAGGGGCAAUCAAUAUUUUUAUUAUGUGCACACUUAAUGAGGAAGAGGAGCAUUUAUUUAGGAGAUUUUGUUUAUGGUAUAGUUUGAGAGGGUGGGGGGCUUUGCACAGAAUGUAUGGUUACAUUCCUGCACAAAUUGUAACAUUAUUAUCCUGAAAUCAAGAUACCUUGGUACACAAUAUAAUGCUAUGAAAAACAGCCAGCAGCGUAAGGAAGCAAAAGGGGAGAAAACCAGGGACAAUCUUUUUAAAAGGUAAACAGUGCCUUCGUUUAUUUGCCUUGUAAUGAUACAUCAUAAAUGUCAAAUAAUUAGGUCAUUUGUAUGACGGCUUUUGAGGAGGGUGGUCCCAAAAUGUGCACAUAAGACAGGUAUGUAAGAAAAUAUGACCUUAGUGUUUGCAUUGUAUGGAUGACUCCUUUUAGAAAAUCUCCCGUUAGAAGAACAGUGAUUUUGAAAAAAGAAGAUAUUUUAUGAAAUGCUUGCUGAAGAAAAUCAAUCCUUUAAUCUCUAUUUGUAAUUAACCUCACUAUUCAUUCCCAUUUGUCUAAUAACCACCCACAAAAUUAAUGCUCAAUUUAUGUUUUUAGUAUAAAGUAAUAAUCUUUUUCGAGAUUAAAAUAAAAAAAUCAAGUAAUUGACACAUAUUACAGAAAUCAUAAACCAUUAACUUCAGGCAGCCCCUCCUUCACUUCCUUUUUUUUUCAACCUGGGUCUGAGUUAUUCCAAGGGAAGAAUUAAAAUAUCUUUACAUAAAGAUAUGAUUUCUACCAGUGUAACAAUGUCAUAUUUAUGUUAAUUAUGAAUAGAAAAAAAAGCAAUAGGUAUUUCUGUCAAAAAUGGGACAAGUCUGAUGUUUUCAGUAUGGAAUCAAAAUGACUUGUCGAAAAGAUUUAAAUGAGUUUUUUUAAAAACAUAAUUAAACAGAGCAUAAGUACAAGUUCCCUUGUUAAUUUUGUAAAAUAGAAGAUCACCUUGUAAAAAUGUAGAAAGUUGCAGAAAUGUACUGGUACCAUGGUUUGUUACUUUGAAUUCGUGAAUCAGCGACCUGAGUGAAACUCUGAAUGCAAAGAAAAUGAAAUUUCUAUUGACACUGCUGUGGAAGAGGAUUGCCACUAAAAUGACAUUUCUACUGACAAUGCUGUGGAAGAGGACGUCAAUGAAUAACAUAAAUAAAUUAUUUGAUCCUGCCAAGUAAUUAAAAAUUUAAAUAUUUGUUUUAAAAAAUACAUAGUUUAUGUUAAUACAUCUUAUAGUUUGUGUAUUGUGUAGUUGAUACAACUUAUAGUUUGUGUACUGUAGUUGAUACAACUUAUAGUUUGUGUACUGUAGUUAACACAACUUACUUUUAAGUGUUUCAAACAAUGGUCGGAGUUUUUGACCCAUAUCAACACAUUUUCUGGUUAGAUUUUGAAUAUUUAAAAAUGGCUGCUAGGCAGCUGAAGUGGCAAAACUUGGUUUGGAAAGACUCAACUUGGGUAACAGUGCUCACUUAUAUUAUAAAUUGAAAAUUAAAUUCUUUUUUGAAAUGACACUUAAGAAUUUACUUUUUAGUUUCUUUUAUACUUCUUUUAUAUUUUACCUUUUCCUAUAUUUCCAGCUCAAACCUACAAGCAGAAAUGUUUAAAGUGUAUCUUUCCAUGUUUCAGUGUUGUGGAGCAGGCCUGUGAUCUGGGUCAUCUUGACAUCGUUGAGCUUUUCCUUAAUAAUGGCUGCAGCGCUAACCUACCCACUAGCCAGGGGCGCCUCAUUCACACAGUGCUAAUCUCACUGAAAUCCAAACGCUAUCUCAUUGACAACGGAUCGGCCCUUAAAAUCAUCAAGUUAUUGAUGGCCAUGGACUGCGACGUGAAUGUCAAAAGCUACAAGGGGAAGUCUCCUCUGAUGCUGGCUUCAGAAAUGGCAGAUCCGGGACUAAUGAGGGAAUUGCUGAAACAUUGCCUUGACUGGCAGCUGUCAUGUCCUAACAGAGACAACUGGCACACGCCCAUGCAUAUGGUGUGCAUGAAUGGCAGCGUUGAAUGCUUUUGUCUGCUGCUGGCCCGCCUGCACCCAGGGGAUAUUCAUACUAAGGACAUAAAGAAGUACACGCCCUUGUCCUGCAGCCUGACUGUGUUAAAGAACAAUCUAGUCUUCCACAGCAAUCAGGAAGCCAUGGACCAAGCACUGCUUGGAGUGCAGUACAGCCAUAUAGCUAUAAUAGAACUAAUUGUUCAAGCAACUCUCAGACAGUCCAAGAAAUUCCAGGUUCCUACGCACAAAGACAAACUCAAGGCACUCCGUCUAGCUCUGGAAACCGCCAAUGAGUUUGAGCGGCUCAUCGAAUUCAAUAACUUUAUGUUAAAAACUGGGUCGCCGGCUGACCAAAGUCCAAGUCAAACUCAACACAGCUGCCCCCUUCAUGACAGAAAACUCAUUUCCCCUUAUGCAGAGCUAGUGCGGAUGCUCAUCUGUUACAAUAAGAUCAACAGUU